AUGCCGUCGCGCCGCCGGGGUUCGUCGGGCUACCGCCGCGUCCGCGAGCGCCCCAACGGCUGGUACUCCGCCGAGAUCAGGGCCGGCGACGUCCGGCUCGACCUCGGGUCGUUCCGGAGUGCGUACGACGCGGCGGCGUGGCGCUUGGAGAGUUCCCGGUCGCAGAUGAACUUCCCGGACGUCUUCACGCGCGAGCAGUGGAGUAUCCAUAUGCCUGGUUUAUUCAGCCUAUGCAAAUGCAGACCAUACAAUUGUGAUAGGAAAUGGAUUUGGGUCCUCAUCCAGACGCGGCAAGGGCGUCCACACCAUCCCGCAGCAGCAGCAGCAAUGUCGCAUCGGAUCCUCAACACCUCCAAGCCCACGCUGCCGCCGGCGCCGCAGCCUCAGCUCCACCAUCCUCCCCCGCCACCGCCCACGAAGCUCGGCCGCCGUGCCGCCGCGGUCGCGGUCGCCAUCGCGGCCUCGCCGGCACUCCUCGGCGCCGUCUCCCCGUCCGCCCGGGCGCAGGAAGCGGCAGCAGCAGCGUCGGCCUGCAUCGACGAACUGCCGAUCACGGCCAAGGCGUUCCUGGACGUGUCCAUCGGCGGCGAGCCGGCCGGCCGCAUCACGGUGGGCCUGUUCGGCGACGCGGCGCCGGCCGGCGCGGCCCGGUUCCUGUCGCUCGCCACGGGCGUCGGGUACCGGCGCAAGGAGUUCGUGAAGGUGGUGCCCGGGUACGUGCAGCACGCCGGCGUGGUCUCGUACCCGGUCAUCCCGGCGGUGACCGACCGGCUGGCCGCCGAGAUGGAGGCCGCGCGCGCGCGGUGCGGCGGCGGCGCGAUGAACGCGGCGGGGGCGGUGUCGAUCGUGGUGCGGGACCCGAGCCUGCCGCCGCCGAAGCCGAAGCUGGUGGCGCGGGGCGGGCGGCUGAAGAUCGAGGAGGAGCAGGUGGGCGUGGUGCCCAACGGCACCGAGUUCGUGAUCGCCACCAGGGACUCCCCCGAGCUGGACGCGUCGGCGCUGGUGGUGGGCCGCGUCGUCGCCGGCAUGGACGUCGUCGGCAGGAUCGCCGCUGUGGCCACCGUCAAGGACAACACCGGGUCGGCCUACUUCAAGGUGGCGAAGCUGAUCGGGGACAAGAGAGCGGUGGUCGCAGAGCGAGGGUUCAACCGCCCCUACACCAAGAUCCUAGUCACCAACUGUGGAGUCCUUGAGCAGCAGUAGUAGUAGUGGAAUAAGCAAGAUAUAUAUACUUGAGGUUCAUGCAUGGCCUCCUUUCUCUUUUCAUUCUUUCCUGUCGUCCACAUUGCAACCAGUCUUAGAUCAUGCAAAGGCGUCCAAGGACAGUGGAUUUGUUGUUUUGUUGUUUGAAAAGGCAGGUUACUCCAUGGUUU